ACACCCUGUGUUGUUUUGGUUUAGAACGCAGCAAACAUUGCAUCGAGACAGAACGAUCAAACGUUUGGUUAUAUUUAGUGGUGGGCGGAGCGAGGCUUCGCGAUACACUGAAACAGUUGAAUCAAUAACUUUUAUUUAUCACGCGAAAAUACGACAAUACGAUCGCGUGUUUGAUACACUAUUACACAACAACAGCGAGUCAAGCACAAGCGGAGCUAACGGGACGCCAUCUGUUAUUAAUGCGGAAGACGUGUGCUGGAAAGAUGUGGAGCUGUAUAACAGAUUUCUUUACGUAUGAGACGACCAAGUCUGUGGUUGUAAAGAGCUGGACCAUAGGCAUCAUCAAUCGUGUUGUCCAGCUCCUCAUCAUCACAUACUUCGUUGGCUGGGUGUUUCUGUAUGAGAAGGCAUAUCAAGUGCGAGAUACAGCCAUCGAGUCAUCAGUGAUGACUAAAGUGAAAGGUUUUGGAGAAUAUAAUAACCGGAUCAUGGACACAGCAGAUUAUGUGACACCUACUCAAGGGGCGUCAGUAUUCUGCAUAAUUACGAAGCUCAUCACAACAGAGAACCAAAUACAGGGACAUUGUCCUGAGAGUGAAAUGAAAUUCAAAUGUGAAACUGAUGAGACCUGUAUGAAGCUGAAGUCAAAACCUUCUAGCAAUGGCUUGCUGACUGGACGAUGUGUAAACUUCAGUGCUACACAGAAAACCUGUGAAAUCAAAGGAUGGUGUCCCGCAGAGAUCGAUGACGUUCAACCGGACCCCAUGAUGGAGGUGGAGAACUUCACCAUUUUCAUCAAGAACAGCAUUCGGUUCCCCCGUUUCAACUUCACAAAGGGAAACUUUUUGCCAUCCAUCAAUAGUUCCUACAUAAAGCAGUGUAACUUUGACGUUGAGAGGAACAUGUAUUGUCCCAUAUUCAAAGUGGGAGAUGUGAUUCGGUUUGCCCAGCAAGACUUCACCACUCUUGCUAAAAAAGGGGGAGUAAUAGGAAUAAAAAUAGCGUGGUUAUGCGAUUUAGAUAAGAAAGAUGAUGAGUGCAAACCUCACUAUUCAUUCACUCGCCUGGAUGCCAUGUCAGAAAAGUCCACUGUCUCGCCUGGAUACAACUUUAGGUAUGCCAAGUAUUUUAAAAUGGAGAAUGGGACUGAGUAUCGCACUUUGCUGAAAGCUUAUGCUAUUCGCUUCGAUGUGCUGGUUAAUGGAGACGCAGGAAAAUUUGACAUGAUCCCAACUCUAAUCAACAUGGUCGCAGCCUUUACUUCUGUGGGUGUGGGCACAGUGCUUUGUGACAUCAUUCUACUGAACUUCCUGAAAGGAGCAGAUCAGUACAAAGCUAAGAAAUUUGAAGAGGUAUCAGAUUCAAGUAUUGAGAAUUCGAACUCAUUAUACAGGAGCAGAGACCAAAGCCAGCUAUCAGUCAAACCUGAUGAGAAGUUCUCAAAUGAUUCUGGAGCGUUUUCCAUUGGACAAUAUGGUUAAUAUUGGCUGAUCGGCACUUUGGUGAUACUUUAUUUAAAGGAUAAUUCCGGUAUUUAACACUUUGAGUCUCAUUUCUGGUUUGUUUUGGAUGAACUACAGUGAUGGACACUGAAAUUUUGACAAUGGGUCGUGUCUUGACUUUUUGACUCGUUUAGAAGCGUCUCUUGACUGCUUCAGAAUGGAAGUCAAUGACCAUGCACAAACAUGUCAUUAAAACAACACUUAACGUUCAUUUUCAAAACUGUGCUACUCACCGAGUGGUUCGUGGUGUUCAUUGAUGAUUAAAAACAAGUUGUGUAGCGAAAUACAGUUUCUGUUGUGUUUUAUUUGGCGUUUUUUAAUUUCCAUUGACUUCUCUUGGAAGACUCAUUGCUCGCUGAUAUAUCACUCCGCCGCCGGGAAACAGAAAAGGGUCUGUUUACAUGUGGUUGUAGUUUUUUCACUCCAUUUCUCUUAGAAUAAAUUUUUCCCAUAUUUGAUGGCUCAGUGACCAGCUUUAGGUUUGAAGUUGAGCUCGAUUGUGACUGUCUAUACGCUAGACACCGAGCGUACUUGUACAGCAAAGUGGUUGUCGCCAUCAAGUGGUCGGGAGUGUGCUAACGCUUCAGACUCAAAUAUAGAGCGGAAGUAUAUACGCGGUUGUGAAGUAUCUGAAAAAAUAGUUCCACUAUAGCAAAUAACACGGAUUGAAAUCAUACACUGCGCCAAUAUAUUUGUUUUUAAUCAUCAACGAACACCACGAACCACUCGGUGAGUAGUACA